AUGGACGCUGAGCAGCAGCCUCUCUCUCCAACGCCUGCACCCGACCACAACGGUGCAAACUACGCCGAACACGAUACCAAUAGCACAGGAACGACCACAGAACCCCCAACUGCCUCAUCACUCCCCGGACACUCCGCGGGAUCACCCAAGCCACUCGCAGUCAACGGAAUUACAUCUUCUGGUCCAGCCUACAAAGUGAAGCUCAUUUUGAGCGGACAUACCAGGUCUAUUUCAGCAAUCAAAUUUAGUCCCGACGGGUCGAUGCUGGCGUCGUCAGCUGCGGAUAAAUCGGUGAAGGUAUGGAAUGCGGACACUGGAGAGAUUCUGCACACCCUGGAGGGUCACACAGAGGGUAUUUCUGAUAUUGCGUGGUCACCCGACGGCGAAUACAUUGCGUCUGCUUCGGACGACAAGACCAUUCGAAUAUGGAGCAUUGAUUCCAUGUCUACCGUGAAGGUGCUGAAAGGCCACACGAAUUUUGUGUUUUGCGUAAACUUCAGUCCGCGAUCCAACCUGCUCGUCUCCGGCGGGUUUGACGAGACAGUACGCGUGUGGGACAUCGCGCGGGGGAGAAACUUGAAAACGUUACCGGCGCACUCUGACCCCGUCACUGCUGUUACCUUCAAUCAUGAUGGCACUUUGAUUGCUUCCUGUGCGAUGGACGGGCUGAUCCGCAUCUGGGAUUCCGACUCUGGGCAGUGUCUGAAAACAUUGGCAGAUGACGACAACCCAAUUUGUUCUCAUAUUAAAUUUACGCCUAAUUCGAAGUUCAUUCUCGCUUCCACACAAGACUCCACCAUACGCCUCUGGAGCACGCAGACGUCACGGUGUGUCAAGACAUACACCGGUCAUACAAAUCGCACGUAUUGUCUGGUUGUUGAUUUUGCUCCGGGAAAAAAAUACAUCGUGAGUGGAAGCGAGGACGCGAAGGUCUACCUGUGGAAUCUGCAGAGUAGAGAAGUCGCGCAAGUUCUUGAAGGUCACAGAGACGUCGUGAUUGCUAUAGCGGCCCAUCCAACUCGACCUGUCAUCGCCUCCGCUUCCAUGGAGAAAGACCUGACUAUACGGAUAUGGGAAGAUCGUAAUGCUGUCGGUGGGUAUUGA